AAAUAAAUUUAUUCGGUGAACUAGCCAAAUGGUCAGAAGAGGAUAAAGGGAGAACCUAGUAGUUGUAGUUUGUUAUAUUCGUAUACGGAGAUCAUUGUGACUGGCAUAAUGGCGAAUACAGCAAUUCUUAGUGGCAUCGUAACAGGAUGUCUUCUCAUGGCACUGACUAUACUUUCCCAAAUGUCCAUUAUGUUUGCCAUUCGCUACCAUAGAGGACACGUACAAUUUCCAGUACAUAUGAUAAAUUGGCUGUUCGUAACAUUAGGAAUUGGAAAUAUUUUUGGAUCAGUUGUUUUUUCCUUUUUGGCAGAAAAAGUAGGAAGAAAACAUACUCUGACUGCAUUGGGUGUACAAUUUGGGUUGUCAUUUUUUAUGUCUGAGUUAAGCAUACACUCUGCAGUCUUAUUUAUUUCUAAAUUUAUCGCUGGUUUAUCAGUUGGUGGAACUUAUGUUGUUGUACCGAUAUACAUUGGAGAAGUUGCAGAAAAGACUUCACGAGGCAGACUAAUCGCGCUGAUGUAUCCAUCUUUGGCAAUAGCUAAUUUCUUUGUUAUUGGCUUUUUAGAACCAUUAGGUGGAUAUGGUUUAUCAUCUAUACUUAAUUAUAUCUCUGCCUCUGUUGCAAUUAUUGCGACCAUUUUAUCGGUAACCCUAGUAGAAGAAAGCCCAUUUUAUUAUUUAACAAUAGGACGUGAGCUUGCUGCAAAAUCAAGUUUAGUAAAAUUAAGAAGUAAUCACUCAAAUCAUCAAAUGGAGUUUAAUGAAAUUCAAAAUAAAGUUCAACCUGAUAUUCCCGAUAUUGAAGUAGGAGAGAAAGUUAGUACUUUCGUAAAAUACAGUUGGCUUAAACCUUUAUUAUUGAUGACCGGAAUCCUUGGUUUAAGAUCAUUGUCUGGGUUAAGUUCCAGUAAUUUUUUUAUGACGCAUAUUUUACAAUCUGGGGACUGGGACUGGAAGCUAAUCAUGAUUUUGUUUAGUGCUGUCCAUUUAUUAGGAUCCUUUGUGAUACUGUUUAUUAUUGACAAAUAUGGAAGGAAAUUACCGCUUAUAGUCUCUGUUAUAUUGAUGUCUGUCUUAUAUAUAUUUUUGUUUGUUCUUGUACUAAUGGACAGACAUGGUAUUCAUAACUAUAUAUCUCCAUACUUAUUAUCUGCAGUAUCGAUAUUAUCAUAUUUAGCAGUAGAUAUUGGAGUUGGUCCAAUACCAUUCGUUUUAUUGGGAGAGCUUUUUCCAUUAAGAAACAAAAUGAUGUGUGCUGGCAUAUCGAUGGCUCUUCAUUUCAUUUUGACAUUAUUGUUGCCAAUCAUAAUGAUAGGGAUCAAUCAUUCAGGGCCCGGACCAUACAUUAAUAUUAUAAUUUCAAUAGCUGUUGCUAUUUCGUUAGUUAUUUUAGUAAAAUAUUAUUAUCCUGAAACCAAAGACAAAAGUUUGAAUGAAAUUCAAGUAGAGAUUAAUAAGAAUUCACCUCCUAGUAAUAACUCCCCAAUUUUGACAAAGUAAAUUUUUUCCACAUUUUAUAAAAAAUUAAAUUAUACAUACAAAAAUAUAAAAACGUGGACAUGGAAUUAACAGCCAUACAAUUGUAAUCGUUGUAUAUUCAGAAAUAAAAUAUUUUAUUGUA